UAGUGCGAUUGGGAAAAGAGCCUAUAGGGGUUAAGGGUAGAUUUGAACGAGCUACCUAGUUGGAUGGCAAAAUAAAUGUUUUAUGCAAGACCUAUAGCUUGGUGCACAUACACAGAAUCUCAGGGCAAGUCAUAUAGAGGACCAUGCAUUCACACAGCAAAGGGAAACUUUACUAAGCGUCAUUUGCUACCGAACAGCGAAAAUAAGGAUAGCCUAUUGUCUGCGAUAGCCUAUGUAAUAUAUAUCGAGAUAUAGGUCUAUGAGCAAUAAGUAGUCAUAAAUUGCGGAAGCAAUACCAUGUUUCGCCAGAUGAACUGUGAUUAAAAUGUGAGCCAAAGAGGGGGUAAAAACAAGAAAGCACUUGAAACUGGCUGCUGUGAAAUAAUGUAGAUCGAUUAAAGCCUAUUUGCACAACACUUUUAUUCUGCUAUUUAUUUAUUGAAGCCAUUAUCUACCAACAGUGAUUGUUCAGGCUUAAUAAAUGAAAUACCAGUAGUUUUGUAGGCCUACAACCCAGUGGUGUCAUCAAACCACACACUCUCCCUAAAAGAAAAUUCCAGAGUUAAUAUACUUUGACCCUCAGCUGGCAGGAAAUAUCCUGCGUGGGACGUUAUACGACCGAAAAACUAUUUCGCCUAUCACGUAGCCUACCCUACUAACUACGGGAACACCAAUUCACCAAAUAUUUGCUUCAAUUUGUACCAUAAGAACAAGCAGCAUUGAUAACCAAGACCUUUGGGGUGUCCGCGUGAGAUAAUUAAUAGUAACAAUUUUAAUGUUUAAAUGCUACAUUGCGGCAAACAGAAAUCCGAUUCAGUAGCAGAAUCCUGCUAGCUAGCCUACAGUUCACCGAAGUGGUGUUAUUUUUUUACUGCGCAGAUCCAACUUAAUGUAGUCCCAAGCGUUUAACUGUUCCUUUUAAUGGUAAUGAUAGGAAACCUGUGUAGAUUUCUUUUCACGAGAACAUCAACGCAAACAGAAAUAUAGACCAAAGAUGGACAAAGAUAAAAAAAUACAAAUAAUAGCAUAAUUCCACACAAUCUAUUUCUCUACAUCACUAGGCUACGAGUAAAAUCUGACAGACGAGAAAACGUCAGAUUUUUUAUAGCCUGGGCUACACGUUUGAGACAACGCAACGGGGCUGAGCGUUCGUGUGUGCUGAGCUGUUCAAACUACAAACUUAUAAACAGCGCUGCUCAAUCUGUGAGCAUGUCUGCACUGCGGCGGCUGCUGAUUCCGAUCCUGUUGUAUGCGCUGCAAGUGUCCCUGUGCAAUGCAGCCUGUGCGGAGGUGGACUCAGACACGGAGGCUGUGGUGGGGGCGGGCUUCAAGGUGGGCUGCAUCUCCUGUAAGAUGAGAGGGGAGGUGGAAGGCAGCGCCACUGUUGACUGGUUCUUCCGGGCCAAAGGCGAGACGGAGUUUGUUCACAUAUACAACUAUGAAGAACGGGUUCCCAACAUUGUGGAUGAACGUUUUGAAGACCGAUUGGCCUGGAAUGGCAGCAAGAACACAGCCGACCUGCAGGAUGCCUCUAUUUACAUCCAGAACGUCACCUUCAAUGACUCGGGCACAUACCGCUGUCUGUUUAACCGCGUCCUCACCUACCCCUACUAUGAGUACUCCACCAAAGCCACCAAGCUGAUUCACCUCACCGUAGUGGCCAAAGCCACCAGGGGGACGGCGUCCAUCGUGUCCGAGGUGAUGAUGUACGUGUCCAUCAUCGGGCUGCAGCUCUGGCUGCUGGUGGAGAUGAUAUACUGUUACAGGAAGAUCUCAGCGGCUGGGGAUGAGGCUCUGAGAGAAAGCGCGGCGGAGUAUUUAGCAAUAGCCUCAGAGAGUAAAGACAACUGUGCGGGGGUGCAGGUGGCGGAAUAACUCAGGGCAGAUACCCGUUAAUUUACACCACGUCACCAAUGUUUUCAUCUUCAGCGUUUUCUAUCCUGCCUUUCCACCCACCUUCCCAACAAAAGAUUUCCGGCUCUUUUGACGACCAUCGCAUGAAGAUGUCAUGAAGAGGUCAUGAAGUGGACUUUUAAACUUUUUUGUACCUUAACUAGGAUUUUUCCGCAGGCAUUAUUAGCAAAAAAGAAGAAGAAGAAAAAAAACAGCAUGAGAGCACAAUUUCACUAUCUUCACUAAACAGGUAUUAAUGCAAUAAGAGCAAUGAAUAUGAGCUAUAUAAUAAAGUACUCUCCAUUAAAGGGUAAUGUAUCAUCUUGCUAACCAGCAAAAUGUAUCUGCACUAGGUAAUGUGAUCAUAUUACAGAUGUUAGGCUUACAGAUGUAGGUUUAAUGAAGAAAUAUCUAAACUAAUGUGGUUGUGGUUUAUCAAUGGGGGGGGGGGGAAAUGAAAAACAACUUUUUGUUAGGGCAGAGAGUGAGCGUUGUGGUUGGUUACUGAUAGACACACAAUAUGUGUCAUAUAUGAAUCUAUGUAUAUAUCUCUAUCAGUAUCUUUCCCUGUCUAGACACAAACCUGCUAUGCUUAAACAUAAACCUGAAUGUAAUCCCCAGGUAGGAGGUAGGUUGUAAAGUGUCAUCUGUAAUUUGAAUACUUUUAGAAUGAACUUUUUCUUAUUAAGCAACUGCAAUUUAUAGUAUGCAAUAUGUAAUUUACAUGAAUGUUUAAAUUAUAGAUACAUACUAUGCAUAAGAUGUUGAAUAUGACAGUACUGAGCCAAUAAUGACUCUAACUACAUAUCAACGAUCUACCUCCAUCAGAUAUGGGCACCAUUUUGCACUGAAAGAAAUAGAAUAUUAGUAUUUUUCCAUGACAUCAGUAUGCUUUAGCAUUUUAAGUUCUCCUGAUCAGCUCAUAUUUGCAUGGACAGCUUUAAUGAACAUUGCAGUUGUUACUUCAUGCUAGCAACAAGUAGAAGUCCACCAAGCCCUACCCUGCAUAUUUUAAGAGGUAUAUAUACAGCCUACAUGGGACUACUUUUAUUUUUUCCUUUAGUCUUGGAGUAUGAUUUUGGUUUGCACUUUGAGACUGAAGACAUGAUACAUCUGCCUGCAGUAUUAUCCUAAAUAAAUCAUUUAAUGUAAUAAUCCUAUCUCAGUGGUUGAGUAUGUGCUACAAUUAGUGCUUUAAUGUUUUGUUACUUUUAAAAAAAGCUGUAUGGCAUGUUGUGGAAACCGGAAAUGGCACACCUGGUGAGGUACUAUUUACUGUCUAUGUGUAAGGACAUGAGUAUUGUAUGGGCAGAACUCCUUAAUACUUCUGUAUAUCGCAAAUAUAUGUCAUAUGUUGCAGUAUGUCACCAACAAUGCACACUUUAAAGCAGCUACUAAUAAAGUGGGGAUGUGUCGACUAAGAA